CUCGGCCGCUGAUAUGCUCCCUUUGGGGUAGAAGACGCCCCUGCCGUUGUGCGACGGGGUCGCAAGAGUGCAACUCCCCCUUGGCCAUGGGGACGCUGGGACACUGGGACAUUGGGACGCUGGGACGCUGGGACGCUGGGACGCUGGAACGCUGGAACGCCAGGACGCUGCAUACUUGGACACAGCCCAGCUUCAGCAAACACGAUCCCAACCAAUGUUUCUUUCAGCAAUGAGCUCGGCAUGGCCCUUGGGGGUUGGCGCAGAGAGUCCCGCUACGAGCUUGGGCAUUCCCCUGCUUCGGGGGUACUUCUGGAGUGUUGGUGUGCAGGUUUUUUCCUUUGUGUUAUUCCUCGCUCCCUUGCAGGCGAGGAGAUCAGCACCGUGUGUGGGUGGUGAUCCCCACCCUUCACUUCUGGCUUCGUGCAUGUAUGUCACAGACAGGAUGGCAUCUCGUACCACUGCCGUUGGGCGCUUGCAUGGGCCACGGGCUCGGGCUCGGGCAGGGCCACUGGGCUGCCAUGCACAACUCGCGGCUUGCGGACCGGUGCGCUCGUGCAGGCGCAGGAUCACCCGUGAUCGGCCCCUGUGCUCGGUUACGGUGACGGAGGUACGUGCGCAUCAGGUCGACUCGCCCAUGUCACCAUGUCACCGAGCGCACACCUGAGGGCGUUGUGCGUAUCGAAGCUGGCCACGUCUGCCCUCACGGCUGCAACCGCUUCCUGCAAAGCUGCUGCACCCAUGCCCGUCAAUCACUCUUUCAACUGCGAUGCCACCGCCACGCGCAGCUGCCGGUGGGCGGUCUGCCCGUGCUGUGGUUGAGUGCUGUGGUUGACGUAGUAUGUCUGUGUUGGAUGUAUGGAGUACAUCUCGUGGUGUACAGCCUGUUCUUGGGGGUUC